AUGUCUCAUCCUCCCACGUCGCGGUCUAGAGCGCCACCCGCCGGCAAUGAGGAGGCUACUACCGUCCUCAAGCUGGGCGAGUUCCAGGACGUCGACACCCUGACAUUAUCCGAGGCCUCUCUCGUCAUCAACGCCCUAGUCGCCAAGCGCCGCAACGAUCGCAAAAACGUUAACGAGACAGAGAUGUUAACGAAGACUAUCGAUUACCUGGAUACCUUCGCCCGCUUCAAGAAGAAGGAGAACGUCGAGGCCGUGGAGCGCUUGUUGAGCUCGCAUAAGGAGUUCCACAAGUUCGAGCGCGCGCAAUUAGGAUCGCUUUGCUGCGAGACGGCUGAGGAGGCCAAAUACCUAAUCCCUUCGAUCACCGAUAAAAUCACCGACGAAGAGCUGCAAGAACUACUCAACGAGAUCUACAAGCUGAUGCCGCGAUGA